AUGCUGCAGAUGCUGCGGAUUGGCUGGACCCCCGCCCUGCUCGCGGCCUCCCCAGGCCAGGCCCAGGUCCCCGCCCAUGCCAACCUUGACACCAGCCAGUUCCAGGGCAUCUGGUACGUGGUUGGGGCGGUGUCAGAUGACCAGGGCUUCCUGGACUCCAAGGACAGCGUGAAGAUGCCCGUGGUCUUGGUGACCCCCUUGGCCAACGGCGACCUGGGCCUCAAGUUUGGGUACCCCACGUAAGCCCGAUGGCGGUGCCAGAAGAUGGACGCGACCUUCACCAAGGAUGCCCGCCCAGCUCAGCAGGCUCUCGCUUCCCCAGCCAUGGCCCAGACCAACAUCCGGGUGGCUUUCACCGGCUACAAGCACUUCGCCGUGUUGUACUCCGAGACGCAGAAGGGGGACGUUAGGAGCGUCCGGCUGCAGCUCUACACCCGGGCCCCAGAGCUAUUUCCUGAAGAUGCCCAGAAGAUGCAGCAGCUGGCACCCCAAGCGGGCUUGAACCCCAGCGAGGGCGCCCUGCUGCCCAAGUCAGACCAGUGUGCCGGCACCCUCGCCUAG